AUGCUCCUGGCCCCUCAGUUCACCUUCCCCAUCACCAACAGUCUGCACAACCCUGCUCAUGGAGAGUGCGCGUGUGGGCAUGUGGUCGACUCGGCGGCGUACGCCUUCGCUGAACUCUUGGCCAACACUUCAUCCCUGUUCACCAGCCGCCUGUGGGCCACAGUCGCGGCAGUAACGGUGGCCGUCCGGCUCGACGCGCUGGACGAACGCUUCCUCCGCGUGACCUCAUGGGACGUCAUACUCAUCCUCUCAUGCUGGCACUGGUACCAGUACAUGCGUGUACGUGACCUGGCGCCGCAUUCCCAAAAAGCCAGCCGGAUCCUCUUGCACACGCUCCGCACCACGACUAUUGUCAACAACAUCUUCGCGUACCAGGUGUUCGUCAAGACGCUCCUUGUCCACGUCCUCCGCUUGACUGGGUGGGACGCAGGCAUCCCGUCCCGGGUGCGUGUCGUGCUCCUCUCGACCGGCUCAGCCCUGAUGCCACGCCCGGUACUGGGACCCGGCGCAGACUCACACUCCAGCCUGUCGUCCACAUCCAUGCCCAUGUCCACAUCCACACAGCCGCCCCGCUGGUCGGUCCUCUUGUUCACCCUCUUCAUAUCCUUGUUUGCCCUCGUGCCCCUCCACGCCCUGCUAAUCCGGUACCCGACCGAGGGCAUGCCCGUCGACGUCGUCCGCUUCCAGGGGGAGCCCAAGCCCGAGUGGUACCACCGCUUUCACCUCCGCACACGCCCGUACAUGGACAUGCGGACGGUGCUGCGCCUGCGUGCCCAGGGUGUGGAUGUGGAAAAUUACAGGCUGGGACGGCGGCCAGAGCUCCAGUGUGACAGGCGUCCGAGCUGGAUGUAG